GUUGGGGCUCAACUUGCAAGCGCGCCGUCCAGUCUGCAUCCAAGCAAAAAAAAAAAAAGCAGGAGCAACAUGCUGCCUGGGAGAUGCUGAGGCGCGCAUUAAUCAUUUGCCCAAUUGCUCCGGACAGGAACACGGGCCACAUGGGACCGCCCUCAGCGGAGGGCGGACCACGAUUGGCACCACUGCAGGGAGAGGAGAGGUGUGCGACGACUGGCGGGAAGCUGCAUCUCGGGCCGUACCAUUACCACGACGCCUUCCCCGUCUGGCUGGCGCAGGGCAGGAUCGGGGCAGGAAGGAGGGGCUCGGACGCGGGCAUCGUGCAGGGCCGCGUGGGCGCGCGCAUCGACGCCCGCACGGGCGCGAUCCCGCCGACCGAGAACGGUCACGUGCAGCGGGCGGCAUCGGGACCCCACCCCACUGCGGGAUAAUUUUUGCUGGGUUCCCCCGCCGCCACCGAGCGCCGCUACGACAGAAGAGUCCUGUCUACUCCCCGGGGCGACGGGGGCACCGAGGGCGGCGAGGAGGAAGACGCGGCCGAGGGGACAGCGACGACGACCCCCCGAGCCCAGGGGGGAAGCGGCCAGAGCCCUCGCCGCGCGCCGCCCGCCCGCGGCCCGCCCUCGCCGCCCGCUGCCCGCCC